AUGCUAAACUGGCAUGCGCUGCACGGGGAUUACAACGAAGUUGUUCGAGUGUCGCCGACUUGCGUUUUCAUCAACAACGCUGAGGCGUGGCGAGGUUAUUCCCUUCUGUGGUUCGCACAUCACGAAGCUGUCUCUGGCACCACCAUCGAUCUGAGUAGAUGUAUGAACUUCACCAACUUUGAUGUUAUAGGCUCUCUGUGCUUUGGCGAGUCAUUCAACGCACUGGAGAAUGAAAACUACGGCUUCUGGAUUGCAAACUUGUUCCAGGGGUUGAAGGUUGGCAGGAUGUUCCGCGUACUGCGGGCAUAUCCUAUAGUCGGACACCCUCUUCUCAGCUUUCCCCAGCUAUUCCCAGCGUUGGCUAGAGCGAGGCAGAGGCAUACGGAAUACACAAAAAACAAGACGGCGAGGCAAUUGGAUACGCCGUCGGACUGCGAAACCUCAGCAACGUUUCUCAGCGGCGCAGCCUUCUACCUACUCAAAGACGCAGCAUGGAUAAAGAAACUCCAGCAUGGAAUACGGACAAGGUUGUGCGACGAGUCGAAGAUUUCAUUUUUAGCGCUCGGCCGACUAAAGACUCUCAAUACCGUUAUCCAGGUUACUUUUCGCUUAUACUCACCAGUCCCAACCAUGCCUCCUCGCUUAGUUUCAGAGGGAGGUGCGGUCAUCAACUCUGUCUUCAUACCAGCCAGAACGAGGAUCGGAGUCGCACAGUAUCUUGCUUGCCAUUCUUCUCACAACUUCACUGACCCGGAGCGAUUUGCUCCUGAACGCUUCCUGGGUCAUCCAAAGUUCCAGGACGAUAAGCGGACAGUCAUCCAGCCAUUCUCCACCGGGCCGAGCAACUGCGUAGGUCAGGACCUGGCAUGGACAGAAACACAAGCUAUCAUGGCUCGACUGAUUUGGCACUUCGAUAUGGAACUCGAUAAGAACUCGUUGCUUUGGAACCGCCAGAAGCUCUUCAUAUUGCGGGACAAGCUGGCCUUAACGGCACACGGUUAA